CCUGGCCCGCCCUGACUCUCGCGAGAGCCUUACAGGCUAUAAAGGCUAGCGCUCCGCGGAUGCUUUGCGUGUGUGCUUCCUGACUGUCCUUUGUGGCCUGUGAGGAGUGCUGAUCGCAAUAUGUCUUCAGGAAAUGCCAAAAUUGGGCACCAUGCCCCCCAGUUCAAAGCAACUGCUGUAAUGCCAGAUGGUCAGUUCAAAGAUAUCAGCCUAUCUGACUACAAAGGAAAAUAUGUUGUGUUCUUCUUUUACCCUCUUGACUUCACCUUUGUGUGCCCCACGGAGAUCAUUGCUUUCAGUGAUAGGGCAGAAGAAUUUAAGAAACUCAACUGCCAAGUGAUUGGUGCUUCUGUGGAUUCUCACUUCUGUCACCUGGCAUGGGUCAACACACCCAAGAAACAAGGAGGACUGGGACCCAUGAACAUUCCCUUGAUAUCAGACCCCAAGCACACCAUUGCUCAGGACUAUGGGGUCUUAAAGGCCGAUGAAGGCAUCUCAUUCAGGGGCCUUUUUAUUAUUGAUGAUAAAGGUAUCCUUCGACAGAUCACCAUAAAUGAUCUUCCUGUUGGCCGUUCUGUGGAUGAGACACUGAGACUAGUUCAGGCCUUCCAGUUUACUGACAAACAUGGGGAAGUGUGCCCAGCUGGCUGGAAGCCUGGCAGUGAUACCAUCAAGCCUGAUGUCCAGAAGAGCAAAGAAUAUUUCUCUAAGCAGAAGUGAGCACUGGGCCAUUUUAGGGCCAGGCUGCAGCAGGUGGCCAUGAGAACAAAACCUCUUUUGUACUAUUGUCAUGCUUAAAACACAAGACCUGACACUCAGCCCAGAUGUGGUGUGGGACGGACAGGACAGGCCUUUCCUGCAGGGGUUGGGGAGGCCAGCCUUUCUUCCUCUGGAGGGAAUGGCCUGAGCUGUAUUAUGGGGCAGGCAAACUGAUGUGUAUAGUAGUAGGGUAUCACUUUUGGUCUUUUGUAGUUUUAUUAAACUUGAGCUGAGA